GCCUUAUGUCGAGCAUCCGAAACCUCGACGAUGAUGUGCAUAAGGCAAGACCGCCCAUCAGGAAGGAAGGGAGAGGCGGCGCAUGAAGACAGGGUCGAUGGUCCUAGCGAAUGUCGCAUGCACAUACAUCGCUUAAUAUACCCGGUUUCAUGGGCGUCAGCGUAUCAUCACGCAAGAUGGGUAGGUAUAUAAGUGAGAAGAUAGGUGCGCAUGUGAGGAAUUUCCAUAUAUAUUCAACGUGUAUACAUAUAUUCAUCCAUACAUGAGUUUGCCUGGUUUGUGUCAUAUUCUACAAGCGCAUACCAUCCGAUUCAAUCUGUCACAACUACGAAACGGGACAGGAUACGGAACAAAGAACACCACCCAAUAGAAGUACAACUUACCAAUCCAACAUGCCUACAUACUUCCUCACGGGUGCAAACCGCGGCAUAGGGCUGGAAUUCACCCGCCAGCUCUCCUCCCAACCCUCCAACAGCAUCAUCGCCGCCGUGCGAUCCAAAAGAGGCGACAUCGCAGAGCUAGAAAGCCUAGCAUCCAAGGGCAACGUACACAUCAUCGAAUGCGACGUCUCGUCACUCGACUCGAUAUCCAGCCUUGAGUUCCGCGUCGCAGAAGUGCUAUCUAAGACCGGAGCAAGCAUAAACUACCUCUUCAACGUAGCCGGCAUCAACGCAACAUCCUCGGACACAUCUCUCUCAAUCGAUCCAGUAUCCCUGCAAAACCACAUCGAUACGAACGUGCUUGGCCCCGCAAAGAUCGUCGAGGCGUUGAGACAGUACCUCGCAAGAGGUGCCGUGGUGAUGAACAUGACCAGCGGGCUCGGGAGCAUGACGGUCGCGCUCGACACGCCGAAGUGCUGCACGUAUUCGAUCAGCAAGGCGGCGCAGAACAUGUUGACGCUACAUCAGUCGAGGGAUCUGAGGCGCAAUCAUGCCAUUGUGAUUUGUAUGGAUCCAGGGUGGGUGAAGACGAGGAUGGGGGGCAAGGGCGCGAUGGUGGAGCCGCAGGUCAGUAUCGAGGGCAUGCUGCAGGUCAUUAGGAGCUUGAGGAAGGAGGAUAGUGGGAAGUUUUAUCGGUUUGAUGGGAGUCAGGUGCCGUGGUGAGGUGGGUUGGGAAAUGGGUGAUGGGUGUUGCUGGAAUUGACGCUGUG